AUGGCGACGUCAAACCCAUCCAAUCCCCCCCAAGUAACUGGUAGCGAGCCCAAAAAUGAAGAUGGUGCCCGCAACGACCACGUCGAGAGAGUCGAGACUGGCCCAGGCGAUGACGCCAUCUUUUCCAAAUUCCCCAAGAUGGACAAGGUGGACGAGUUUGGCGCCCACGCAAAGACAGACCCUCGAGAAAUUGCGCUGGUAAAGAAGCUGGACAAGUAUAUCAUUCCCAUGUUGUGGCUCAUGUACUUGUUCAACUACCUCGAUCGAAACGCUCUCGUCAAUGCUCGACUCAACAACCUUGAGGAAGAUCUUGGCCUAGUAGGAACGCAGUACAACACCUGCGUGUCAAUUCUCUUUGUCGGAUACAUUGCCGGGCAAGUUCCAAGCAACAUGCUCAUCAACAGAGUCAAACCAUCGUGGUACAUGGCCGGCUUCUGUCUGGCAUGGUCCAUCGUCAGUCUAGUGACAUUUCUAGCCAAAGACUACAGCAGCAUGGUUGCUCUCCGGUUCAUCCUUGGGGUUACUGAGGCUCCUUUCUAUCCUGGUGCUCUUUUCAUCCUUAGCAUGUUCUACACGCGCAAAGAGCUUGCAGUUAGGCUGGCUGUUUUCUACACAGGUAAUAUGGUGGCUAGUUCAUUCGCCGGCCUCAUCGCGGCGGGUGUUUUUGCUGGUCUUGAUCAGAAACAUGGUCUAGCUGGUUGGCAAUGGCUUUUCAUCAUUCAGGGAUCUCUCUCCAUUCUCACUGCUAUACUCGCAUUCAUCUUUCUCCCAGACCACCCCUUAACCACUAGAUGGCUUUCAGAAGAACAAAGACAGCUGGCAUAUAACCGCAUCUACACUGAUACUACAGACGUCCGUGAGAAAACCAGUGUGUGGGUUGGGCUUCGCGAGUCUGCUACUGAUUGGCGCACGUGGGCUCUGUGCCUCAUGUACAACCUGCAUCUCUCCUCGGUCGGCUUCCAGAACUUCCUCCCAUCUGUGAUGCAGACCCUCGGAUACAAUAGAACUAUCACACUAGUCUUGACAUGCCCGCCAUAUCUUCUCGCUGCAUUCGUUGGAAUCGCCAUGGCCUGGACUUCUGGACGCUGGAACGAGCGCACAUUACACAUCACCAUUUGCAAAUGCAUCGUGAUGGUUGGUUUCAUCAUUGCUGUUUCCACCCUGAAUCUAGCUGCGCGGAUGUUCAGCAUCUACCUGUUCGUGGGCUUCAGCUUUGGUAUCAACAACAUCAUCCUCGCGUGGAUCAGCGCAACAGUUGGACAGACUGCCGAGAAGAAAGCGGUGUCUCUUGCGAUCUGCAACACAUUUGGCAACUUAGCUCACGUCUAUACAGCCUAUCUCUGGCCUUCGUCUCAUGAGCCUCGAUAUACCGCGGCCUGGGUUGCGAGCAUUGCGUUCUCGCUUGGCGUUGUCAUAAUUGCAUGGGGCCUGAGAUUCCAUCUGAAGAGUCAGAACAACAAGACGAGGAGGGACCAUCCAGAUGUUACAAACUUCUAUGUAUACUGA